AUGCCCGUCUUCAGUACGCCUUCCAUUGGCUUGCCUGAUCCCGAGAAGAAAACUGUGGAAACCAUGGAGACUUCAUUGAACCAAAUCACUCUUCCUGAACGUCCCAGCAAGUCCUGGUACAAGAAGCUCAGCUUCAGCUCCCGGAGUGGCAGCAAGAGUAAACGUUCUUCUCGCAUGUCUACCGACGUCCUGGGGCUCCAAGCAAUGAGCGACGAGGAAUAUCUUCUGAACAAACCCCUCCCUCCUCUUCCUCAGCCACCAUAUUUCGAGUACAUGUUCGCGGAUGCCGGUCUCAUGGCGAUGAUGUCCAAUGAGUCAUUGAAGUCAACGCUCAAUGCACACGAGGCUGCACCAGCUAUCACUCCAUUGGAGUCCAAUCGUGUUCAACCCACGCCAGCCGGUCCCUCGGAGGAAGGUUUCAUCCUUGAAAGUCCCGAGCUCGCCCAGUUCGCAUUCGCCCAGGCUGGCGUGAAUGUGACAACCAAAGACAUCAUCGACAAUCACUUCGCCGCCCUUGGCGCCGGCCUCGAAGGAUAUCGUCACAUUGACUUACAGGACGCGCUGGAGAAAGAAAAGGCCAGUGAGUUGUUCUUUGGCGGUAGUGUGGCCAGAGAGGGACCAACCCCCGAUCACGUUCCCGUGGUCGAUGAAGAUGGCUUUGCCUCUCGACGAGAAGGUCUGGAGGACUGGCCUCAGCUUUGGAGACCAGACAAAGAGACUCUCGCCGACUACGAAGUCAAAGUCCCCGAGAACUUGUCAAAACAACCCAGCAAGACUGGAGACCAGGACAACAACGGUGAAAAGCCUAUUCUCCAGCCCAAGUCUCGGAAGAACAAGGUUAAGGUCGAGCUUCGAGACCCUUCUGUUCCGGACUCAUACUACAAUGCCGAUGGUACCAUCACCGAUCCAUAUGUCCCACCAAUUCUGGCUCCUCGCCCAUUGGCCAUUCGGAAGAAAGUCAAGAAGCGGAAUGCCAGCGACUCGUUCGUAACGAACACCACUGGCAAUCAGCCGCAAACCGAUGACUACGACAACAACAUCCAUCUCCUCUCCACCAAGAAGAUCCGUGUGUCAGAGAAGCUCGUCGAUCAAGACGUCAACAGCAGCAGCCGUGCCGUCUCCUUGUGUGGCUCCAUCUCUGAAGACACUCCCUCCACUUUCUCCUGCGAUGACCGAAGCCGCAACAGCGCCGGCACCGCGAUCACCGAUGUCGAUGACUACGACUCCGACGCAGCCCUCGCCCUCAAGCGCAAGCGCCUCACCACCGGAUUGACUCGCUACCCCGGCCAAUUCGAGUCCUAUGAAGCCGACUACCUUCACGUGCGCGCCAGCCGCAGCUCGACCCUCGGAGAGCCGGUCUCCUUCACCAUGGGCGACCCGCUCCACCCCAAUGACGAGUUCACGCACACCAACUUUGUCCCAGACCCAACAUACCCCGCGAAGAACUACUCCCAAGCCGACCUGGACGCUCUCCCCGUGCGCUCUCAUGCGCUCAAGCACGCCGAACGCUGUGCCGCGCACGCCGCCUCGCUCGGCCACGUCCGGUCCGACGUCGAAGAGACCCUGCGCCGCGAAGUCCACCGCGAGUGUAGCGCUGCGCGCCUUGAGGGUGUCUCCGUGGGUCAAUACCGGUACUACCAAGGCUUCAUGAGCGUGGAGGACUACGUCACCGCGCGCAUCUGCGUCUGCUGGGAUUUCUGCUGGUGCAGCAAGCUGUGCACCAUCUACGGCGACGUCCUCUGCCCGUGCAGCGAGUGGAUUGCCGUGCAGGGCGACUGA